AUGUCCUGGAUUCCUGUUCUUCUGGGGCUCCUCAUCUGCUGCACAGGUUCUAGCCCUCAGCCAGUGCUGAAUCAGCCACCAUCCAUGUCUUCAUCCCUCGGAACCACAAUCCACCUGCCCUGCACCUUGAGUAGCGACCACGACAUCGGCAUUUAUAACAUCUACUGGUACCAGCAGAGGCCUGGUCACCCUCCGAGAUUUUUGCUGAGCUACUUUUCCCACUCUGACAAGAUGCUAGGGCCCAAGAUCCCUCCUCGCUUCUCUGGAUCCAAAGACAUGACCACGAACACGGGCUAUCUGAGCAUCUCUGACUUGCAGCCUGAAGAUGAAGGGAUGUACUACUGUGCCCUGGGGACCCAGAGAAUGCAGAGGGAAAAGAGAGAAAAAAAGAAGCCUCCUGCUUCAGAGCCCCCGACAGCCCAGCAUACUCUUAACUUGAACUAAAGACAAAAAAG